AUGAUAUCGUCUUAUAUUCACGUACUUAUCGCGAUGGGCCUAUUAUGUUAUCGUGCACCAUCUGUUUCUGGUCAUGCUUAUUUUUCCUAUCCAAUUCCUCGCGUCGUUUAUUGUUCAAAUACAACAUGCAUAUCUGGUAGAAUAGGACCGCAAGGACCCGUUUGGCGUUUAUCAGCGAAUAGUUCAUUAGAUACGGAAAGUCUAACUACUCAAACAACAUGUAAUGGUACCAAUUUGUUAGCUCCGGCUCCACAAAAUGAUACUACUUAUGAUCCCGGUUUCAAUGGAAACACAGCCGUUUCAUGGCCGGCUGGUUCAUCGCAAACAUUUCAAAUAUUCAUUUCCCAGAUUCACUUAACGGAAAAUCAAACCAUUUAUCCAACAGACGGCUGGCAAAUCCGUUAUCGGGAUGGUGAACAGGUCGAUUCAACGUUUUCACCCAUUCCAUUUAUCUAUGUCAAUGUAUCAACAACGGAAACUACAGGUCCUGCUCCAGCUGUAGGCUUUAUACUAGGCCAAACGGGUCCUUGCGGCCCUAUUCUACCAGAUCGCCAUGUUGUAUUGGAACAAUAA